AUGGGAGAAGAACUGAUUUGCAGGUGGAAGCUUUCGGCUUUUCUCUUUCUCUGGACGACUGUAGCUCUGUUUCCAAGAAAAUCAUUAGCAAUCGAUAGCAUAAAAACAGGGGAAUCAGUCAAUGGCAGUACCCAGAUAUUAGUUUCAGCUGCACAGAACUUUGUGUUGGGAAUCUUCAAUCCCCAAGGCUCCAAGUUUCAGUAUUUGGGCAUAUGGUACAAGAACAUCCCACAGACUGUCGUGUGGGUCGCAAACAGAGAUAACCCACUUGUAAAUGCCUCUGGAAGAUUAACACUCAAUGGAGAAGGAAAGAUUACUCUGCUCAAUGAAACAGGGGGAGUUUUAUGGUCGACCCCAUCUCCAGGAACAGUGGAACAACCAGUCGUUCAGCUGCUAAACACAGGUAAUUUGGUGUUAAGAGAAUCUGGGUCGGAGAAUUAUCUGUGGCAGAGUUUUGAUUACCCAUCUGAUACUCUGUUACCGGGAAUGAAACUCGGUUGGGACGCGAAAACCGGUAUGAACCGGAAGUUAACGUCAUGGAAAAGCACGAACGAUCCGUCGUCUGGGGAUUUCACUUAUAGUGUGGAGAUGAAUGGGCUUCCCCAAUUUGUAGUUCGCAGAGGACCGAUCACAACUUUUCGAAGCGGCCCAUGGUACGGCAAUGGGUUUAGUGGGUCUGGUCCACUAAGAGAGACCGCAAUUUAUUUUCCCAAGUUCAAUUAUAAUGCUCAUGAAGCCUUUUAUUCAUAUGAUGCUGCGAACGACAUCUCCGUAAGAUUGGUACUGAACGCGGCUGGGUUAUUUCAACAGUUUUACUGGGUGGAGGAUGGAAAAUAUUGGUACACUCUGUAUACAUUACCAGGAGAUCGUUGCGAUGUCUAUGGAUUCUGUGGGGAUUUUGGCGUUUGCACAUUUUCCCUCACAGCAGAAUGCGAUUGCAUGGCUGGGUUUGAACCCAAAUCGCCCGAUGAUUGGGAGAAGUUUAGAUGGUCUGAUGGCUGCGUUAGAAGGGACAAUAGAACGUGCGGAAAUGGAGAGGGGUUUAAGAGAAUCAGCAAUGUGAAGUUGCCAGAUUCUUCAGGGUAUUUGGUGAAUGUUAAUACGAGCAUCGAUGAUUGCGAGGCGACGUGCUUGAACAACUGCUCUUGCUUGGCCUAUGGAAUAAUGGAGCUUCCGACAGGCGGCUAUGGCUGCGUUACCUGGUUUCAUAAACUGAGGGAUGUUAAAUCUGUCCUUCAAAAUGGACAAGAUCUUUAUGUGAGAGUGGCGGCAUCAGAAUUAGACUCAACCAACAAGAAGCUUAUGGUUGCAAUUAGUGUGUCUGUGGCUUCAUUUCUGGGCUUCUUGGUUCUUGUGAUUUGCUUUAUCCUUGAGCGUAGAAGGAAAGUUAGAGGCAAUAUGAUCUCCCCUGAGAUCACUUUAGGAGAGAUUCACUCUCAAGAAAAGGAAGUUGAGAUGCCAAUCUAUGAUUUUAGGACGAUUGAGAUUGCCACAAAUAGUUUCUCUUUUUCGAAUAAGAUAGGUGAAGGUGGUUUUGGACCAGUUUACAAGGGAAAGCUUUCUUGUGGGCAGGAGAUUGCAGUAAAGAGGCUGGCAGAGGGGUCUGGCCAAGGGAAAAGUGAGUUCAGAAAUGAGGUUUUGUUGAUCUCACAACUUCAACAUCGAAACCUUGUCAAGCUGCUUGGUUUCUGCAUUCACCAACAAGAAACAUUGCUAGUCUAUGAAUAUAUGCAAAACAAAAGCUUAGACUAUUUCCUCUUUGAUGAUAAGAGGCGAGCUUCACUCAAAUGGCAAAAGAGAUUGGACAUCAUAAUCGGGAUAGCUCGAGGACUUCUUUACCUUCACCGAGAUUCAAGGCUGAGAAUAAUACACAGGGAUCUCAAAGUAAGUAAUAUAUUACUAGAUAAUGAAAUGAAUCCGAAAAUUUCAGACUUUGGAAUGGCACGCAUGUUUGAGGAAGAUCAAACUAUGACCAAAACCAAAAGAGUUGUCGGGACCUACGGUUAUAUGUCUCCUGAAUAUGCACUCGACGGAUGUUUUUCAUUGAAAUCUGACGUAUUCAGCUUCGGGGUAAUUGUUUUGGAAAUCGUUAGUGGUAAGAAGAACAGAGGGUUUUUCCAUGAAGAUCAUCAACUAAAUCUUCUUGGACAUGCAUGGAAGCUUUGGAACGAGGGAAAUGGUUUGGAGUUGAUGGAUGCAGCCUUGGGGGAUGAAUUCCAAGGCUCUGAAGCACUGCGAUGCAUUCAAGUAGGCCUUUUGUGUGUCCAACAGAGCUCCGAUGAAAGGCCGACAAUGUGGUCAGUACUUUCAAUGUUGGAGAGUGAAGACAUGUUGUUGUCUCAGCCUAAACAACCUGGAUUUUACAUGGAAAGAAUGUUUUCCAAGACUGAUAAAUUGCCGGCCGAAACCUCCACUUCCAAUGAAGUCACUGUUACACUUGUACAUGGUCGUUAGUAAAGAGUACUUGUUUUUCCUUUCCCAAAUCCACAUGUUCUUGAGGUUUGAUUUUGAGCUUACACUUUCAAGUUUGAAAUGAACAGAUGACUUUUAUUUUGUGUUUACGAAAAGUCGAAGAAAAAUUGAUUUUGAGUUUUA